UCAGGAUAAAGCAUUACAGAGUUACAGAGUGGAUAAAUCCCCUUGUGGAAAGGUGAUGAGUCAGGUAGAUCUGCAUGUGUGUCUGCAUGUGUGUUAGAGGAAGAGAAGGGACUUCGAGUGAUAGCCUCAUUGAGGGAAACACUGAGCUCUCCGUGGCUCUGUGCAGCGAGCAGAUGGUCAUAUGUAUGAUACACUCUGCCUCUGAAUCACUGGAGGAAGAAGAAAUCCAUAUCACAUCUCGGUCUUAUCUGGUUUUCAGGCAUUUCUCAUCUGCUUCUCUGCUACCUCCAUCUUCUGUUUGCGUGCGAUCUUCUCUUCUCUGCACUCAUUUCCAGUCGCCCACUUCCAUUUCUUCAUCCCUGUAACACCUUUUCUCUGUAGGUUUUGCUGCAGCUCACACAUUUCUCCGUCCCUCCUCCUCACUCUUCCACUGUUUCACCAUGGAUAUUGGUGGCCUGACGACAGUGGUGGCCAAUUCCGCCUACAUCUCAGCCAGAGGGAGCGUUGAUGGCACUGCCAACCCAGCAUCCAAUCGGGACAAGAAGUACCACUCGCGCCUGAAGCUGCCUCACAUCACAGUGUGUGAGGGUCUGCGGGAGACUUUAGACCUGGGCUUCCAGACAGUUUGUGUGGAGCAGCCCAUCGGCAAACGUCUGUUCCAGGAGUUCCUAGACUCCAACAAAGAGUAUAAAGGUCCCUGCCGCCUGUGGAAGGACAUUGAGGAGUACAACAUGGCUGAGGAUGAGGAUCGUGUGAAGAAAGCAAGCAAGAUCUUGUCCCGGUACAUGGAACCUGACGCCAAGUAUUUCUGCCCCUUCCUGCCAGAAAACGGCAUCACAAACGUCAAAGAGAAACACCAAGAGGCCGGGGAUGAGCUCUUCAGUGAGAUCACGGACUGUGUGAUGGACUUUCUCAAGGAAGUGCCCUACACCUUCUUCCUGGAGAGUAUGUAUCUGAAAAGGUUUCUGCAGUGGAAGUGGCUGGAGAUGCAGCCCAUGGGAGAGGACUGGUUCUUGGAUUUUCGUGUGUUGGGGAAAGGGGGUUUUGGGGAAGUGUCUGCCUGUCAGAUGAAGGCCACGGGGAAACUGUACGCCUGCAAAAAGCUCAACAAGAAGAGGCUGAAGAAGAGAAAAGGUUAUGAGGGGGCGAUGGUGGAGAAGAGGAUCCUGGCUCGAGUUCACAGCAGGUUCAUUGUCUCUUUGGGGUACGCCUUCCAAUCGAAAACAGAAUUGUGUCUGGUCAUGACCAUCAUGAACGGGGGAGACCUGAGGUAUCACAUUUAUAACGUGGAUGAAAACAACCCUGGGUUUGAUGAGCCUCGUUCCUGUUACUAUGCUGCUCAGAUCAUAGAGGGCAUGGAGCACCUCCACCAGAAGAGGAUCAUCUACAGAGACCUAAAGCCAGAGAAUGUGCUGCUGGAUAAUCAAGGUAACGUCCGUAUCUCUGACCUUGGUCUGGCCGUGGAGCUCGCUGAAGAUCAGUUCAAAAUCAAGGGCUAUGCUGGGACUCCAGGUUUCAUGGCUCCAGAGCUGCUGAAAGGAGAGGAGUACGACUACUCUGUAGAUUAUUUCACUCUGGGGGUCACUCUGUAUGAGUUUCUGGCUGCCAAGGGACCUUUUAGGAGCCGAGGAGAGAAGGUGGAGAACAAGGUGGUGAAGAAGCGGAUUCUGAACGAUCCUGUAACUUACCCAGAGAAGUUCAGUGAGAACGCCCGGUCCAUCUGUGAAGGUCUGCUGUGCAAAGAGGUCGACAAGCGGCUCGGCUUCAAGAACGGGUCCUGUGAUGACCUCAGGGCACACCCCUUCUUCAGCGAGAUCAACUGGAGGAAACUGAACGCAGGGAUCCUUCCACCCCCUUUCGUGCCAGACUCUAAGACGGUGUAUGCCAAGGACAUUGACGACGUCGGGGCCUUCUCCACAGUCAAAGGCGUGCAGCUGGAAGACAAGGACAAGGAUUUUUUUGAUGAGUUUGCCUCGGGGAACAUCUCCAUCCCCUGGCAGGAGGAGAUGAUCGAGAUGGGGAUCUACGGUGAGCUCACGGUCUGGGGCCAGGAAGGCGCUUUGCCCGACGACCUGCGACGUGAGUCCAUCCUGGAGCAGCCGCCCAAGUCCUCCACCUGCACCGUGUCGUAAGAGGCUGUGUGAACUGCAUGAACUGUUUGUUUAUCAAUGAAUCCAACUUUAUUUCUUCAGCACGUUUCUUAUAAGAUUUCCGGUUAGUGGUGGAAAGGAAAUGAAAGGUAUUGAUGAUGCAGCUCUAAUAGAUAAUGACGAUGCACUUUUUUUUUUUCAAUGUUUUUUCCUGCAAUGCUAGCCAAAGUUUUACAUUUAAUUAAUGCUUUAACAACUUUUUACUGUAAAAUGUUGAGUUCAUGUGGACUGAUACUGAUACUGUGUUUUCUUUAGUGUCUUUCUUCACUUUUGUCUCGCAUUAUAUACUUAUCUGUUUCUCACAUUGUACUACUGUUGAUUUUUUAAGGAAUGAAUGAUCAGUUAUUCUGUGUGUGUCAGUGUGAAUAAAAUGUAAGUAAAAGGAGCAUUUUAAGCCCAAAUAGUGCAGAUCUCUGGAUUUAUUUGGCUGCUGUGUGAGCUGACAGUGGCUCUCUGUCUUCACCGGCCCUGACGCUCACGUGUUUAUAACUCUCUCACAGGCAUUUUAUAUGACAAAUAAAUUUAGGUGACGUGACACACACACACACGUGUUGUCUGUGUUUCGACUUUUUGCUUCUCAGUUGUUGUGCAGCUUCAGAGGUGUACAUAAGCUUGGAUCCGCUGCUGCAGAGAUGUUCAUGAAUCUAAAUAAAUAUUUUGCCAAUAAAAUCAUCAUCUUUUGUGUGUGACUCACACAUUUACACAUCCAGCUCCUCCACCUACAGC